AUGUCGGAACUAGUCGAGCUCCUAUUGCCUAGGCUGCGCCCCGUUGGCCCACCAUUUGAUUACGCCUUGUGGUCUCUCUUCGCCCCCUCCUCGAUGGCCCCCUCCAGGCUGCUCACCUUAGAGGUAGAACGCAAGUUCAGCCGACUUGCCGUGCAGCCAUUGACUCUUGCCGGAGGGCACCCGCCAUUUCGAAGUCUGCGGUACUUGGGUUUACGCUCCAUGCACGAUAUAUACUACGAUUUAGAUGGCCUGCUAUCCUCGAAAGGCAUUUGGGUCCGCAAGAGGGACGGUGACUGGGAAGCCAAAAUAAAAGAUGGCGGAAAUUUCCAGAAUUCUAGGUUCAUGGAGAUGCGCAACCCAGAAGAAAUCUCUCGUCACCUGCAACUUUAUACGGGUAUUAGCCAAACGGAACUCACCAACUUUGGACUACGGGAGUUGGCUUCCUUCACAACAUUUCGGCAAAGCUGGGUCGUCGACGAUGACUUCACAAUUGUUCAAGACACCGUGGAUUUCGACAAUCACACGGUCGGGGAAGUUGAGCUGCAAUGUACUCUCCCAAGGAGUCCUAGUUCUAUCCGUACUACCGAGGAAGAACGCGCUCUGAGACUGGAGGAGAUGGACUCCCGGAUCCGCAGAUUCAUGACUCGUUAUGCAUGGGCAUUUCAUGUGGGUCAACCGAAGGGCAAACUUGCAGCAUUCCUCGAGAGGAUAUCAAACUGA